AUGAGGCGCGCUCGGUGGCCGAACUUUGUCGGAAACGCACAAGCUAACUGGGAUAUUCUUCGCACAAGGACGCCUUUGCCAUUCUGCUGGCGGCUCACCACCCCAGAAUCAACCUGCUGGGCAUCUCGACCGUCUUUGGAAAUGCUUCCCUCGACCGAGGCACUCCCAGCUGACGUUGAAAUCUCUACCAGACACACGACGCACAAUGCCGCUUCCAUUCUGACGGCCUUUGGCAAGCACAAUGAUAUCCCUCUAUACGUCGGCCUCAACAAGGCCCUCGAGCGCCCUGCUCUCCACGCGCCAACCGACAUUCACGGCGAAAGUGGUCUCGACGGCACCGAGCUGCUCCCCGUUCCGAAAUGCUCCCCGAAGCCCGAGCCGGCCAUCGACGCCAUGGCCGCCGCUCUCAAGGCCCAGCCGGCCGGCACGGCCUGGAUCGUGGCCACCGGCACAGUCACCAACGUCGGCGCCCUGUUCCGCAAGUAUCCGGAGCUCGUCGCGCACAUCAAGGGCCUGAGCAUCAUGGGCGGAUCCAUCGGGGGAGGCUUCUCCGACGCACCACUGGGCAAGGUCGACGGCAAGGAGCGCAUCGGCAACACGACCCCCUACGCCGAGUUCAACAUCUUCGUCGAUCCGGAGGCGGCGGCCGAGAUGUUCCACAACAAGGAGAUUGCCAAGAAGAUGUUCAUGGUGCCGUUGGACCUGAGCCACCAGGUCUUGGCGACGGAGAAGGUCAGAGAUUUGCUGCUGUACGGCAAGGACGGCGAGAAGACUGGGACUGGCAAGACGACGCUGCGGACAAUGCUCGUUGAGCUGCUCUACUUCUUCGCCAAGACAUAUGCCGAUGUCUUUGGCAUCACCGCCGGCCCGCCCCUCCACGAUCCUCUCGCCAUGCUCGCCGUUCUGCUCGGCACCCCCGACGAGAUUGCCGUUUACGACUGGGACGAGAAGAAGAGCCAGGGGCCUAAACACAACGAGCGCUUUGACGUUACUGUCAUCACCGAGGGUACGAUCGAGGAGGCCAAGCGCGGAGAGAAGCAGACCGGCAGGACGGUCGCCAAGGAGGCGCCUGCAGGAGAGGGCGGCGUGAUUAUACCCAGAGGAGUGGACGUGGAUCGGUUCUGGCAGGUGAUUGAGGAGUGCAUCGAGAGGGCGGACGAGACAAACCGUAACCUGAGCAACUAA